AUGGCACUUAGUAUUAAUGCAGUUAUUGAUCAAUUAAAUGACGAAAUGUUUGCAUUCGAAGCUAGUGGAAUCACAUCAGAUGAAGAAGAAGACUUGGACAGAUGUUUGGCGAUGUCAGAUAGCGACGCAAGGCAAGCAUUUACAUGUUUUUAGCAAACAGAUGUUCGAAGGAUUAAAUUUACAUUUGACGCAAUGUGAACUUUGAUGCACAUUUGCCAUAAGAGUUUGGUCAAUAAACUAAGAUCUGAUAUGAAAUAUAACAAAUAUACAUAUAACCGAUAUAAUAAGGCAGUUAUUUGAGUGUCUGUCAUUUAUAUUGCCACAAAGAUCAAAGGUUUGAACCCAUAUCAAAAUGUGUGAGCGUCAUGUUGCACACGUGGCAUAAGUGGGCAUUUAAAAAAUUAAUUUAUGCAUUUUUGUUUAUAUCAAGUAAGAUAAUAGCAUGUAUCAGUAUGUUUAUAGUAUUUUAUUUUUUUAUAGUGAUGAAGAACCUGCUGAUGAAGAAGAUGAUGAUGAUUUUGAAGUAGAUGACAAGGAUCCGAAUUGGAAGGAGGAUGGUGAUUUAGGGGAGGGUAGUGGUGGAAGGGGCCGAUCCCCAAUUAGGAGACGGGCUGACUCCCCUAAUGGUACUUCUGGCAAUAGGGGAAGGGGCAGUAGGGGUAGGGGCAGGAGUGGUAGGGAGGCAGGGGUGGAAGGGCUAGGGAUACCAGGGCCAACAUUAAUAGUAGUAAAUCUUAUGAUGCAGACAUUAGGAAUACCCUCCCUCCCUUUCAACCAAGCCGUCCGCCAGGAAUUCAUUUUGAUAGGCAUGUCUUGCGGAGAGGAAUGA